AACUUCAUUGAUAAAAAGUGGCUUCAGUUGUAAACUUUCAUUUUGUGAAAUUCUGUUAAAAAAUGUUGUCAUCACGAAGUUUGUCGCUAUCAGUAAUCACAAAACAAUUAUAUUUUAAUACCAUCAAAAAAGGAAUUAGCGCAGGAGGCAGUGGUAGUGGCGCUACAAAACGAAUUUGUAUAGUCGGCGCCGGACCGGCAGGCUUUUAUGCCGCACAAUAUAUAUUAAAACAUCUUAGUGAAUGUGCCGUGGAUUUAAUUGAAAAAUUACCAGUUCCAUUCGGCUUGGUUCGUUACGGCGUUGCGCCCGAUCAUCCUGAGGUGAAAAACGUAAUCAAUACUUUUAAUAAAACAGCAGAGCAUAAAGACUUCAAUUUUUACGGCAACAUAGCAUUAGGCAAAGAUAUAAGCUUAGAAGACUUGCGUAAGCGUUACCAUGCCGUUCUACUCACAUAUGGAGCUGAUCAAGAUCGGCAGUUGAAUAUACCUAAUGAGGAUCGAACGAAUGUGCUGUCUGCACGUAAAUUUGUGGCGUGGUAUAAUGGUCUACCCGGCGCACAGCAUCUGAAUCCCGACCUGAGCGGAAAUACUGUGACUAUUUUAGGGCAAGGGAACGUAGCAGUGGAUGCGGCUCGUAUGCUGCUCAGCUCAUUAGAUGCAUUGCGGAAAACAGAUACUACUGAGUAUGCGCUGGAAGCGCUUUCGCAAAGUAAAGUACAGCAGGUUUAUUUGGUUGGACGACGUGGUCCACUGCAGGCGGCUUUUACCAUAAAAGAAUUGCGCGAAAUGCUAAAAUUACCAAAUGUGCAAACCUUAUGGAAACCCGACGAUUUUACAGAUGUACCUGUACAAUUACCCAACCUGCCACGCCCACGUAAACGUCUCACUGAAUUGAUGUUGAAAAGCUUGUCAGAACAGGCUGGUAGCAGUAGUGGUAAAAAUAAAAGAUUCUUGCCAAUAUUCUUGCGUGCACCAAAAGCAAUUGGCGAGAAUGAAGUGGAAUUGACUGUUACGAAACUGCAAAAUGACAUGGCCGUUCCAACUGAUCAAACCGAACAUCUGCAAACUGAUUUGGUGCUGCGUAGCAUAGGCUACAAAUCUACUUGCGUCGAUGGUGGCAUAUGUUUCGAUGAGCGGAGUGGACGUGUGCACAAUGAGAAUGGACGCGUCUUGCGUGAUGCUGUUAGUAAAACGGUAGAUCCCGGCAUAUAUGUAGCAGGUUGGUUAGGUACGGGCCCCACAGGUGUUAUUCUCACAACCAUGAAUGGAGCCUUUACCGUUGCGAAAACAAUAUGUGAUGACAUUUUGUCGAAUAAGUUGGAUACUAGCACGGCCAAAGCGGGCUUGUGCACGAAGCAAUUGCAACGUAUUGUAACAUGGACACAUUGGCAACGCAUCGAUGAAGCUGAAACUCAAGCUGGUAAAGUGUUGGGGAAACCACGCGAGAAGUUUGUGAAUGUGGAAGAAAUGCUUAAGGUGGCAGGGCUGUAAAUUAUAGAAAAUUGCUUAGAAUAU